CCAGUCGUAUUCUGCUGCUGCUGAAUGGCGUGUCUCAAGGGCAAACGCUGCUCCGGUAAUAGACUCCUGCAACGGAUAAAAACCAUCCACCCCGCACCGUUUGCUUUGGGAAUGUAUUUGCUCUGAGGGAACACGACACACUGUAUCCUGACUGGAGACCUUGGAUUGCAAGAGUGUUUCCCCAACACUUACUUUUCCCAGUCUGAGAAAGAAUGCCAGGUGUUUCACUUCUCACCGGAGUGGGAAGUGUGACCUUGGUGACCUGGGUUUGUUUGGCCUGACUUUCCCAGCCGCACAAGGAAUAAUUCUCUUACAAAUCAUUCUAAACACAGACUCUGAGUCCAACAAGAGACAAAGGUUUGGCACUAGCCAGGGAUGGUAGAUAACUUCCCAGUGAGUGAGGAGUCCUUUCUUCCUUACAGUGGCUCUCCACCGGCCUACCAGCUGUCUGACAUGGUGACAGACCUGGGCUCAUACCAGGUGAUGCCAUCACCACUUUCAGAGGACGACCUGAGUGAAUCGUCCAGCCCUCGUUCCUGCUCCAGCCCAGACUCCCAGGUGCUGAGCUCCAGCUAUGGCAGCAACUCCAGUGCUGAGAGCCAGGAUAGCAUCCUGGACCACCUGCUGUCCCAGGCCUCUUUAGGAGGUGCCAGCAGUGUCCUGGCAGGGUCUGUGGCACCUGCACCAUUAUCCACUUUCCUCUGGGACUCACGAAAAGAUGAGCCCUCCAAACGUGACCCCAUAAAGGAGGAAAAUUUUGAUUUCCUCAACUGGUCCAAUGUGGAGACAGAGGAGCAACUUGGAGGGUCAUUUCAGCCCACUCUGGAAGAGAUCGAAGAAUUCUUGGAGGAGAAUAUGGAGGUGGUGACAAUGAAGCAGGAGAUCCGAGAAAGUUGCCCAGGGUUGGGAGUGGGACUGGAGGAAGCUCUUGGUUUAGAAGUUGGUGUCGAGUGGUCCGCGGAGACCUCCUCUGAGCGGAAGCUAGAGCCAGAGGCCAAGUAUUCAGACCAAACUGUCCCCACCGCCAGCACUGCCGACCUGGCCACUGCUACCCCCAGUGAGACCAAAGCUACAUUAGUUAACCCCACACAUGUAUCCAGCACAGGGGCCAAGAAUGCAUCAGUAAACAAACCUUCAUCCGCUGACAGUGGCACUAGCGGAAUGCCAGUUAUCCUACAGAUUCAGCCUCUUCAGAUCAAGCAGGAGCCCACAGUAGCGCCUCUUACCCCAGUAGUCCAGCCCCCACAGCCUCCCCCAGCCUCAGACAUCAAAAUUGCACAGCUACUAGUCAACAUCCAAGGUCAGACCUUUGCCCUGGUGCCCCAUAUCCUGCCCUCCCCCAACCUUAACAUCUCUUCCAAGUUUGUACGCAUUGCUCCUGUCCCCAUUGCAGCCAAGCCUCUUGGGCUUGGGGAUACCUCAGGCAGCCAGGGAUCAGGGAUUCUUAGUGGAAGUCAAAAGUUCCAGAAGAAUCCAGUGGCGGAUCUUAUAAAAAUGCACAAAUGCACUUUUCCUGGCUGCACCAAGAUUUACACCAAGAGCAGCCACCUGAAGGCCCACCUGAGGAGACACACAGGGGAAAAGCCUUUCGCCUGCAACUGGCAGGGCUGUGGAUGGAGGUUUUCACGGUCGGAUGAGCUGUCUCGACACCGGCGGUCCCACUCGGGGGUCAAGCCCUACCAGUGUCCUGUAUGUGAGAAGAAGUUUGCUCGCAGCGACCACCUGUCAAAACACAUCAAAGUCCACCGUUUUCCACGAAGCAGCCGGACAGUUCGCUCAGCAAACUGACGCCCUGCUCAUAUCACUGGGAUUACUGGGAAUGCUGGGAUGACUCUCAUACAGACAUAAGCCACAAGAGCAAGGUGGUAGUGUGAACGUAUGGGUGUGUGCGCACAUUUUUGGGCCUUCGUCAAGUCGAAUGAAUAUGUGAGUGGAAUAACGCCUUGCUUUUUAUUUCAUCUGUCUGUGAUUGUUCUAAUUUAUUGUACAAAAGUAAGCCAACACAGAUAACACCCUGUCUGUAAUUAGCUGAAGGUUGUUGUUGCUGUUGGCGCUUUGGUAUGUUGUACUCCUUAUGUUUGUUCUGUCCUUAUCUCAUGCCUCAGCAGAAGAUAAGAUAAACGUAUUUUCAUUCAGUCUGGAUUAUGUGAUAGGUCUGGUUAUAGCCUUGCGUGUCCAUUCUACCUGGAUAAAAACAACUGCCUUUUAUCUUCCUGAAAGCUGCCAAUGUCUUGCACAUUCCUCGUCUUAUGCAAUGUUGAAGAAGUUUGACUGAAGUUCGCUGGGAUCCUCAUUCGCUACUAUCAGAUAACCGCUCUUCCUGAGGUCCACAGGCCUGUGAUGGUCCUCUGAUAGCUUUGUCCUACUUUUUGCUGCCUUGCACCACAGUUCAUUGACUGAAAAGGUGGAUAAUGUAUUUGUCAUUCAACUUGGUGUUGAUGGACAGGGAAAGAACUGUAGUACUACAUAGACAUGAACUACUGAUUGCAUAAGAAAGUAAAGGUAAUCUCACAAUAAGCUUCCAGGACUCUUCUCACAUUUUUACAGCAACUGUGUAAAUCUGCUGAGACUCAAGAAGGAGAACGACAGAGCAACACGAGAAAUGCAAAAGUGAAACACAACUAAAAGGUUAAGCGCACAGUGAUUGUUAAAUCAGCCUUCUUAUCAGUGUUAAGUGGUCUUUGUUGUUGUUUUAUUAAGCUAUCAUAUGUACCCACUUGCUGGUAUUUUUAUCACUUUUCUGGCCUUAUUGUACCAUGGAGCCAAAUAGUUUUGGAAAUCAGGCUUUUCAGUCAUCCAUGUGUCCAUCAGGUGUUAAGUGACUGUUCAAAAGAUGUCAUAAAAUGGCCCACGUCAUUCUGUGCAUAUCCACGGAACUGAAUGUCUCAGUGUGCUAUUAUUAUUUGAAGUUUUAUUUUGCUGACGACUUAACACAAAAGCUGCCUCAACUCUGCUUUAUCUGUUACUGGAGACGCCCUGGCAGCCUUUAACCUCAGCUGGCAGUUACGUUACUUUGAGGUGACAUCAAUGGACACACUACACACCAUGGUGCUGAACUACCAGGAGGAUUCUGGGAAAUGUAGUAACAACAUCCUCUUUGAGGCCAUGACACUCUUUGUAAUGCCCUAAUUGCUCUCAGACAUUGUUUGCUGCGUGCACCAUGCCCCGCUGUGAAUAUGUAGGGGUGUGGCGAUGCCGUCCAUGGGUAAUUCAUGUAUGUAAAGUGAUAACAUGCAGGGGCACACGACAUUGUACAUCAUUCCUCUCAUUCAGUUUUUGAAUUUUUAAUGCUUGUGUGAACACAGGUGUUUUAUUGCAUCCUCUGACUGUAUGUAAAUUUGCAGGAGCGUGCAUCACUGCAUCCAGGAAAGACACAGAGACUAUUCUGAUGCCAUAUCUUAAAACAAAUCAGUGGUUGUGAAGAUUUCUAGUUUCAACCUAAAUGUGUACAUAACUUAACAUUUCAGUACAUAUGAAUAUAUUAUAUAUAUUUUUCUUUGUUCUAUUCAAGAUGCAUUUACAAAUAAAAC